AGCUGGAGCGAGAGUGGUAUUCUGGAGUAAAUAUGUCUGUGUCUUCCCUCUACCUCAAUCAAGACAAAACAGUGCGCUUCAAGAGGAGAAAAGCACGCUUCUCCUUCAGUGAAGUGCACAUACUGCUGGAUGAAGUACGGAAGAAUCGCCACAUUCUUGUGGGUAAGUUUAACACUGGCAUUCCAUCUGAUGUGAAGAAGAGGAAAUGGGCAGAGAUCACAGCACGUAUUAAUGAGAUUGGAGAGUGUGACAGAGAGAUCAUGGAGGUUGUAAAGAAAUGGUCAGACCUCAAAUGCGACACAAGGCGUAAAGUGGCUGCCCUGCGGUCUGGUGGUAAUUUGUCCCUGUCUCAGCGAUUGGCACGGUCCAAUAUUGAACUCUCCCCAACUGAAGUCAUAGUGGAAUCCAUCCUUGAAUUGGACAAGAAGCCAUGGGAAGCUUCCCAACGGGCCCCAAUUCGCAGUUACAGUGAUGGUCAAGAGGGUGGAGGUGAGGAUGAGGAAGAGGAAGAUGGAUCAUUGAUGGGGAUAGGAUCGGUCCACAGUUCGCCGGGUAGAGGAAUGGACUUUGGAGGGAUGCCUGCUGCAAUGAGUGGAGCUGUGGGUGCUUCAGAAAUGCAGUAUGAUGGCUCCAAACCUGGAGAUCCCGAAUCCAACAUGGUAGACUCCGAUGAAGAUAACCAUGACCUCCUUCCAUCAUCCUCUAUGGCAUCUGUCUCUAACUCUCAUUCUGAGGAGGACAGAAUUGCAACUAGAGGCAAGGUUGGACACACUGCCUCAUUUAAAACAGCCUCGUCUUUCUCAGGGGUGGAGCCAGACAGUUCACGUGAGCAGUUAGCACACAAUGCUAGCCUUAGCGUGCAAGAGCAGCACGCCACUAACACCCUUCUGUCCACCGUAUCCCGUUCGCUUGAGAUUCUUGCGCAGUCUGUGCAACAGCUAGCAGAAACACAGCAGGAGUUUGCACGUGAAUCACUGCAGCUACAGAGGGACACCGUGCAGGUGUUGCGUGAAUUUGCCUCUGGUGCACUAACGAUAUUGCAGGAAAAGGUCAAUGGAAAACCUGUGUUGUGAAAGUUGCAUUUAGCACCACAGUAGUGCAAAUUUUCUGAACCAAAAUCAUGAUUAACAAGCAUUACAGUGUUCAACCCAUUGUUUUUGUUUGCAAUUGCAGCCAUACAAUAAAUAUUACUAGCCAUAGACCGAAACAACAAAGUACAAGUUUUCGCUGGAAUGAUAUUAAACAUCAGAGGGCGCUAUGUAUCUUUGGUCAAAAUAAUUUACAUUAUAACAAGAUGAUAACAAUUAUGUUUCUUAAGACAUUUGACUUUAGUUCAAAAUACAAUGACAUCUCAAAGAAAAUCCUUUUGUAGUUUUCAAAAAUACAAAUACAGAACUUCAGCAUUUUUUUUACCUAGUCUCUGUUUAGGGUUUAACUUUGGGUUGUUGUUUUUUUGAAGUGCAAAAAAUUGUGUGAUCACUCCCGAAAUGUUAGCAUCAGCCAUUCACAAAGGUGUUUAUGCCAAUAUUAAUAUGUCUUCCACAGCUAAAUUUAUUAUUUUUCUAUCACAACAUCAUCACAUAAGGUUUAUUGAGACUAAAGCCCAAAGUAUACUUCGGUUAGACGCGAACUCUAGGCGUCUUCGUUACAGUACGCAUGACACAAAUUUCGUUAUCAGCAGAAUGCCCGAGCACUUAAGUCCGAUUAUACUUCUGUGUAAAACCUAAAGGCCCAAACAUACUUAAUGCAAGUACGUGAACACUGACACACCUUGCUACGCAAGCUCGUUUCCAUGCAUCGUUGCAUGGUGAAAUGUGUCGGCGCUCAAUUCAUAACCCAUCGCAAAAAUGUGCUGCAUUAUCUGCGUUGCUGCAAGGGUUGCUAGAGUGGAUUUUCUGUUUUCAGUCAACAACUGUCAUGGCAUCAAUUUGAGUCUUGCCGAACAAGUUAGAUAAUACAAACAUAUUUAUGACUCCUCGUCCCCUCUCCAUUAGAAUAAAAGUGAUUGAAAAUGCUUUGCAAGAAAUUGCAACUUCUCUAAAUUCUGAUAACGACAUUGUAAAGAGAAAAUGGAAACAACUACAGGACCGAUUAGUCCAAGCCAGGAAGAAAUGGAAAGGCAUCUGCAGCGGAGAUGCCGCAACUAUCUAUGGAUAUCCAGUCAUUUUGGACAUGUUGGGAUGGCUUUUUGUCUUCAUAAAAACCAGACCACAGAGUCAAAUUUUCAUAAUUUGGUAAUGUUGUUUAAAUGUGACUGAUCAUAGGAAAAUUUUAUUAUUGUUAUUAAAAGCAAACUUCAAUGAAUACCCCUAGCAUACCUGUCAAAAAAAAAAAAUUCACUGUAUUUCGCCCUAAUCAGCCUUGCAUAGAUAUAAUGGAAAACCCUCGUGCUCCCCAUCUCUCUCACACACACACUCCCAUACUCGUGGACACACAUUAUACACAUAAUGCACACGUUUAUGGCCCAAACAUACUCGCAAGAGAAAAACAGUUAUCAUGUCAGUGCACUCCUGCAUCACAGUGGUUUAUAACGGGAAUAUGGCAACACAUCUUGGCAAUUUUUAAGCGAUGUUACUUCUGACGAGAGCUGCAACAAAAAAGGUAAUCCCAGAUGCAAUCUCUCAUUUUUAGAGUUUCACUCUUUCGAUGCCUCAAAUAAAAUCUCACAUGCACAUACGCACAACCUUAUUUCUCCAGUUAGUCUUCGAGUAAAGCAGUGCAAGCCUCACUAUCCUCCGUUUCUAGUUCUAACGUGACAUUUUCGAAUGAGCAAUGAAGGCUUGAGCUGUAUUAAAGUAAGACACUGAAUCUGUGGCGGAAGAAAGUAGUUCCAUGAGCAUUUUAGGGAUGAAACCCAGAAAAUGUCUUGAGAUAAAACCCUGAACUAUGUCUUAAGGUGUGGUAACCGUGGUAUAAGUGGAAUAAUUGACUCUGGCACAAUAAUGCAUUAUUUUUCAACAAUUUAACAGUCCGUCAUCAAUUUUUCUUUGCAUAAGCAAAGUUAAAUCAUGUGCAGGUCUAAAUUUAGCAGAUGCUUUUAUUGAAAGGGAUGUAGUAACAUAAGCCCAUUGGAGCAACCGGAGGUUAGGUAAACGCACCACACACUUUAUUUGCAUUGACUGCAGGGUUAAAAAACAAGAAGGGUUAUAAAGAAUAUAUAUCUAACGAUGAAAGUUGUGUAUUUUAGAUAGAAAGUUAAUAAUGUACCACAGUGCCUUUAUUACUAAUCCACCUCAAAUCUGUCAUGUUUGCCUUUGUGGCUCUAGCAGUUGGAGACAGAUCAGGAAAAUAGUCAGAGAGGACAGACACCAUCCAGUACCCUUGACCUUAUCCCCCCUACAUCUGUGCUACCACAGACUCCUCUACAGCCAGAGCCCCAACAAGAGUCUGAUGUCCAAAAGUAACCACAGCCACAAACUGCCCCACUCUUCCUCCUCUCAUCCUUCAACAUCAUACACUACUUGGCAUCAAAAAACCCUCUAUCACCCUCUUGUGGUGUGUUGUUUGUAACCGCCAGAGCAACGCAAGAGCGCACGUAAAGUAUGUAUGACAGGACCGCACAUGGGCCAUGCGUUGACCAAGCACUCGCCUCUGCCUUCGUGUACUUGCAUGAAGUUUGUUUGGGUCUUAAGAUGUAGGCUCUGCGUAGUGGUCAAUGUCGUGGUUCGCAUUUAUAUUUCUGCAGCCAAAAUGCUAGUGUAUUGAGAGAAAUGUUCUAGAAUAUAGCUAUUGUGUUGCUCACAUACCAAAUAUAUAACAAACAUAUAAAGCCCGGGGGAAAAGCAUAGAGUUAAAAAGUUGUAAACAAAUAUGUCAUUUUGUGUCACGUUUUCAAUUUUAAUUUCAUGAAGCAUAAACCGAAUGCGAAAGACGAAACGAGUUCAAAUAAAAGGUGACGAUCACUGAUCAAUUGAUACAAUGCAUAUAUCUUAAAAUAACCCUGGAGAAAAUGUGCCACUACUUCGGAUAUCUUUUUUUGUCAUUCUACAAAGUAUACUUGUUCCUUAAGCGUUCGCGUCAAAACCAAAGUACUUUGUGCUUAACCUGUUAAAAGUUAGGACCUUUCUUGAAAAGUUAUCUCAGAUGUGUGAUUUACUCCGAUUUAUGUAAUUUAUAGUUGUUGUUUUUUUAACGUCUAAUAAUGCAAGAAAAUGGUAAUCAAUCAUGUUUAUAAUCAUGUGGUCAGACAUGAUGAUGAUGUGAAAGUUUUUAUGUAAAUGCAUCUCAAUAAUUAUGUAUGAAAUGUGUGUUUUAUUCACCUUCACUGGCACAUGAAAGGAAACCGGUCUAUACACAACUCGUAUACAUUUAUUGCAGCUCUGUUAGUUAAGAUGCUUCUAUGGAGUUUUGGUGUUAUUCUGAAACUUUCAGAGACCGUAUGCACUACAUCUAUACGCAGUUUUAAGAUCUUAAUAUUUAAGACAAAUAAGCAGUCUUAUAUUUUGUCUGUUUUGUAUGAUUUAAUUACAUUCUUUUCCAAUGAAAUUGUCAAAAAAAACAAUUAUGUUGAAUUUUCUUUUGAUAAACCAUGCACAUGGAUCAAUAAAGUGUGAGGAGUUUACUGUUAGGCAGAAUUUAUUAUUUUGAGCUGAUAAUAUUUUGUCACUAGAGGGCAGUGUGCCUUUUAAUUGAACCUGCAAGUUCCUAAUUUUCAUAGAAUAAUUAUUUCGUUUGUCGAUUCAGUGUCAUUGAAAUUCCUGCUCUGGUAGUUGUGUUUUUUUUUUGUUUAUGAAUGAAACGGUUUACCAUGACUUCUCAGGUGAGCCAUAUAUUUUAUUUUAACAUUUUAAUUGUAAGUUUCUACUAGUGUAUUGUUUCUUUUUCAAGAUUUUCCUAUGUUAUGAUCCUUUUGUGUAUAUAAUUUUUUUUUUUUUUCUGUUGUGUAUAAAUGCUGAACAUAACCACACAGUUUCUGUAUGCUUGUAAGUUUAGGGCAGGAGUUGAGGGGGAGUGAUUAGAUCAAAUGCAUUGUUCUCCUGCUCUCAAGCGCUGCAGAGCUCUGCUUCAACAGCUGCUGCUGUGUGUUUCUAAUGAAGAGUGAUACUAUGGGUGUGUGCGCUGAUGCAGAGCUGUGGUUAGGGAAUGCUUGUGCGUGUGCAAGACGGCAGCUGGUAGCCCUAUUGUGUGGUUGGUUAGGGACUGCUGCUGCAGAAAAAGUGUACUGUAAUGUGUCUGUCAGCAAAGAAUAUGUCUAUAAUGUGGUAGAGAUUUAUCAUUUAGGCCCUCUAGAUUUGACAAAACACCAGAUAGACAGAUAACACUGGGUUUUAAGGGAAUAUUCUGAGUUUAAUACAAGUUAAGAUCAAUCAACAGCAUUUGUGGCAUAGUGUUGAUUACCACAAAUUUCUAAAUUUUCUUAGAAACCCAUCUGGGUUACAGUGAGGCACUUACAAUGGAAAUUAAUGGGGCCAAUAUUUGGAGGGUUUAAAUGCAGAAAUAAGAAGUUUCCAAAUUGAUAAAAGCACUUAUAUUAAUUUAUCUCUUAAAAUAUGUAUUAUUUGAGCGGUAAAGUUGUUUAAAUUAUAAUUUUUACAGUCUAUCAAAUCAGGUUCUUUGGGUUGACGGGAAGAAGCGGGGAUCGGUUAACUUCAACUCAAACAGGUAUGUUUAUUUUUACAACUCAAACAGAACUCGUUUUUUAACACACACUUGCCACACAGGUGUAUGUGCGAAGUUCUCUCUCCCCUCACUGGCAUCUGGCUCACACUUAAAUCCAUCUACAACUCUCACUGCAAUGACAAAGUGCUGUUAGAGACUAUCAUUGUCAGGUGAUGAUCCUUACCGUUCUCAUGUCCGGAUCUUGAUCUCCAUUCACAAGCCGGUAUUCAACCACGCCCCCAACACCACAUACCCCCACUGUCCAACUUAGGCCAUGGAGCCAUCCAGCCUACCGAGUACCCCCCCCACCCCUCCUUUCUUCUUUCUGGAGAGGAAGUCUGCAACAACCAUUCUGCACCCAUGGCCUGUGGACCACAUUGAACUCAAAAGGCUGAAGAGCCAGAUACCAACGGGUGACCUGCACGUUGGUAUCCUUCACACUGGAGCAGGGUGUGGUCCGAACAGAGGGUGAAAGUAGAUGGCCCCAGCUUCGCCUCCCCAGACAGUGCAUUACAAAUACCACACCGAGACGCUUUGCUACAGGACCCAUUCGCACAAAUUUCCCUAAAUAAAGUGGUAAAUGCUGGACAAUUCAUACACAAAAUUAGAGGAUGGGUGAGGUGGGGACUAACCACAGCCGUGACACUAUGCUUUUGUCCCCAGAAUUGAAUCGUUACAGUCACUUCAGGAUAAUCAUGGCUGUCCCCAUGCACACAUUACCUUGACCUUGUGACUAGCACCCAAAGCCUCAUCUUGAACCAGGCAUUGAUGGAUGGAGGUUUGGUUGCAACCCGAAUCUACCAAGGCCUGGUAUGUACCUGCCUUAAUACUAAAAGGUAUGUGGUACGUCCCAGCUCAAUCAUGGGCAGCUUGUGGCAUGUCCAGGACCCGGACCACUGUCCUCCCCUCCAUCCCUGGACAUUGAUUUUGGAAAUGGCCAGGCUCCCCGCAGCACCAGCAAACUGGCAGCGGAUCUAUUGAAUUGGGUGUGAGAGUGGAAAGGGACAGAAAGUACCGGCAGGUUACACUGACUCUGAAACCAGGGAGCCAGUUUAGGAGGAAGAACUCCCCGUUUCCGUGGAGGAGGGAAACUGAGUGGGUUGGAAGAGGGGCCAGAGAGAAAGAUGAAGAGAGGGGCUCACCAGUCCAUGGAAAGGCCGCCAUAUGGUAUUGCCAUUUUAUAUAUUGUUCGAACAGCUUGAUGAACACCUCUAGCUCAUCCUCGGGCCUCCUGUGUUGGAAAGGAUGAAGUGGGAAACGGUUAACUUCAACUCAAAGAUAAGUUUAUUUUUACAACUCAAACAGAACUCGUUUUUUAACACACACUUGCCACACAGGUGUAUGUGCGAAGUUCUCUCUCCCCUCAUUGGCAUCUGGCUCGCUCUUAAAUCUCAAACCCUCACUGCAGUGACAAACAGCUGUUAGAGACAAUCAUUGCCAGGUGAUGAUCCUUACCGUUCUCAUCUCCUGAUCUUACUCUCCAUUCACAAGCUGGUACUCAACAAUGCCCCCACCACCACACAGUCCUUUUAGGGUUUGUUAAAAUUGGCUAUAACUUUACACAGAAAAGGUUAGUAAGUGAUUUUAUCACCCUAAAAUCACACUAACACACAAAUUGUUUAUGUCUUGUGGAUAUACUUUUGAAACUGUGCAUUUUAACGUUUACAGAUUGGCCCCAUUCACUUCCAUUGUAAGAUCCCCACUGCAACCCAGAUUUUUGCUUUUUUUUUUUUCUUAAGAAAAGGAGGGGCAAGUCAAAAUAAAUUUUUGUGGUAAUCAAUAUUAUGCCACAAUUGCUGUCAAUUCAGCUUAACUUGUAUUGAAUCCGGAAUAUUAAUUUAAACUGCUGUUUCUGAUGUUUUGAAGUUAUAAACAGCAGGAGGUUGUUUUUAAAUUAUUUGGCAGAAAUUUAAAUAACAUAUUCACUUGUUCAAGCUGGUCACUUCAACCUUUGAGGUACAUGCACUUUGAGGGACUUUGCAAAACAACACAACAGGUAAUUUUACCUGACAGAAUCACUGUGUGUGUGUGUGUGUGUGGCAUGUGCAUAUUUUGACAUGAUUGCACUGUGGAAACUGCCACUCAUCAGCUGCCUUCUGGAACAAAAGAAACAGAUUGUGAAUGAACAGCAGAUAGAUUUAUCU